AAGCACUGACGCAGACACGGAACCAUCUGUUCACAUUCGGAUUCUUCUUUCUCUCUCCCUCUCUCCCUCCCUCCGUUGUCUUGUCGAUGGUUCCGGUUGGAAGAUUUGAAACCCUAAACCCCUGAUUCUGCUGCCAAGAAACUUCCAAUUUGGCGAACAAUGCGACACAAAGCACUGGAUUCGCGGCGCGCGAUAGAGUCGUGCGCGUUCCAGCUCCACAGUUGGAGACCCUUUCAGCUCCCAAACGCGCCCAAGGCCCUAGAUUCUGAACCCUCAAAACCCUACUAUUCUGCCUCCACCGCCGCCACUGCUGCUUCCGCCUAUGGCGUCCACUCCAAGAGGCCGUGCCUCUCCGAUCGGACGACGUCGUUCCCCAUCGACGCCCUCGACAUGACGAAGCUGACCUUGUUCGACGACGAUCGCUCGAUCUCGUCCCACAAGCGCGACAGUCUCCACUGGAUCGCCCGCAAGAGGCGCCGCCGGGGCUCGCGAUCCGUGUCCGGCCGAAGCAGCGACCGGAGUGGGAACCGGCGGCGGUGCUGCUCCGUGGGGGCUUCGGCUGCUUACGCCACGUGUUCGGAUUUCCCGAUGGCGGUGGGCACGGAUUCGAGCGGGGAGUUGUUCUUGAAUGGGGACGCCAAUUGGGCUUCCGAUGUGAGCGAGGCGGCCAAGAAUUUGAGGAGAGAGAAAGAUGGCGGAUGUGGGGAAAGAGAGAGUUUGAUUUGUGGGAUUCCGCAAAUUGGGAAUUUUGAUAGUCAGGGGAAUGAAUCGGGAUAUGGAAGUGAACCGGGAUAUAGGGGAGAUGCCGAAUUUGGUUAUGGUGAUGAAGUGGAUGAAGAGGAGGACGAUCAAAGACUUCUGUUCUGGGGAGACAGAUUGGGAGGCACAGGUUCUAAGAUGGAGAUGGUUGGCGAGAACACAUUACAAAAGGCCCAUCACAGAUGUCGGCGUAAGAAACAUGAUGUGAGGAUGAUUGAUCCCCUUCCGUGAAGGCCAUGGACAAAGUUGUCAAUUUCUUGUAUCUUGAAGCUUUUACAUUUCGCCAAGGAAGGAAGGUUGGUUCCUGGAACUGCCAUGGGUCUACGCCUACAGCUUGAGAUUGUACUGUAAUGUCGUGGGUUGUGGGCAGCCAUUUCAUUAGCCGAUGCCAAAAUGUUUCCAAGCUCGAGUGUAACCUUUCGUUGUUUUUCCAGAGGAACAUUGUUAACCGAGGUUGCUUGCUGGGACAGGGGGUGGAGUAGAAUGCUGUUGUGGUGCAACACUCUAGAGUAGUAGACUAGCAUUGUUCGUUGCUCUACAAAAUGAGUUUUGCGAGUGCAAAUGCUGCUGCGGUGCUUCAUUUUAAGAAACUGUCUUUGAACUUUCUUCAUUGUAUAGAAGAAUGUCUCCAGUGCACCAAACUGUGUUUCAUCUUCUUGUAUAAUGUAAUGGUAUUUUUAUAACUGAGUCAGAGUGUGGGUUUGUUUAAAUAUAAACAUAAAGUUGUUACUAUAAGAAGUAUCAGUUUGUCAA